AUGCGCCCCAUGAGCACCUCCAGCCUGCGGCUGCUUCGGUCGGCGAUCGGGCCCCGGAGCUAUGCGACCGAGUCGCAUCGAAGCCGCCUCGGCGGAGCGCUGAGCCUGGAUCAUUUCCUGCAGCGCUCGCGCGUUCUGUCGCUUUACCGGACCAUCCUGCGAGGCACGAGGCGCAUCGGCGACCCGACGACCCGUUCCGAGACGCGCAGCUUCGCCCGCGCCGAGUUUGAGCGCCACCGUGCCGUUACCGACAUUGGGCAUAUCAGAUACCUCCUGUCUACAGGAAAGACGGAGUGGGAGGCUAUGGAGAGGUAUAUGGGAGGCAUGUAG